GUGGGAGGAGGGUUGGGUCUAUAGAACUAUUCUAGCGAUAGCAACAAAAACCCUGGAGAGUAAAGUACACCAGGGCGAUAAGUCUGAACGAAAAAACAAACAACUGGGAACAAGAGCAAGAAAGAGGAGAAGACUGACAGCUGUUGGACGGAGGAGGAGAGACAGCAGAACAGCAGAGCAGAGCGGAAGGGAGCGGUAGGAGAAAGGAGAAAGAGAUAAGCAGGAGACAAACAAGAGGAAGCACAUGGUGUAAAAAUGCCCACCAACUUUACUGUAGUCCCAGUAAAGGAUAAUUCGAGGAAGGCAAUAGAGGACAACGAGGAGGAUGAUGUGGAUGACAACAAUGUCCUGAAAGAGGAAGAGGAGGAAGCCACAGGUGAUGGCGUCCCAAAGGAAAAUAGUCCCUUUAUCAACAACACAGACAAUGACAAAGGCAACAGCUACGAUGGCACCAACAUGGCUCUUUUUGAGGAGGAGAUGGACAGCAACCCUAUGGUGUCAUCUCUCCUCAAUAAACUGGCAAACUACACCAAUCUCACCCAGGGGGCCCAAGAGCAUGAGGAGGCUGAUGAUGAUGAGGGACCCAAGAAGAAAGCUGUUAAGAGCCCUCAGAUGGGGACCUUCAUGGGUGUCUACCUCCCCUGCCUCCAGAAUAUUCUGGGGGUCAUCUUAUUUCUGCGGCUUACUUGGAUUGUUGGCACUGCCGGAAUCUUGGAGUCCUUGGCGAUAGUCGGCUUGUGCUGCUCUUGUACCAUGCUGACAGCCAUAUCCAUGAGUGCAAUCGCUACUAAUGGGGUUGUGCCAGCUGGAGGCUCAUACUACAUGAUUUCCAGAUCUCUGGGCCCAGAGUUUGGUGGCGCUGUAGGUCUUUGUUUCUACCUGGGCACAACCUUCGCUGGCUCCAUGUAUAUCUUGGGUACUAUAGAAAUUCUGCUGACCUACAUCGUGCCUAAAGCAGCCAUCUUUGUUGCAGAGAAAAAGGAGGAUGCAGUGGAUGCUUUGCUAAAUAACAUGCGUGUUUAUGGCACAUGCUGCCUAACACUGAUGGCUGUAGUGGUUUUUGUAGGGGUGAAAUAUGUCAACAAGCUUGCGCUAGUCUUCCUGGCCUGCGUCAUUCUCUCCAUCCUCGCCAUCUAUGCUGGAGUCAUCAAGACCAUCUUUGAGCCACCGGACUUUCCUGUUUGCAUGUUGGGGAAUCGCACUCUGCAGAACAAUAACUUUGACCGUUGCCUUAAGACAGAGGUUAUAGACAAUGUGACGGUCACUACCAAGCUGUGGAGGUUGUUUUGUGACGGACCUGAGCUCAAUGCCACCUGCAAUGACUAUUUUUUCAACAACAAUGUGACCAUGGUGCAGGGCAUCCCGGGACUGACCAGUGGAGUCAUUUCAGAAAAUAUGUGGUCAGAGUAUGGCCCUCUGGGUAGGUUGGUAGAAAACACGAAGUUGCCAUCUGUUGGGGGAAGUGACCCUGCCCAGGACAUCUACUUGCCCUAUGUAGUCAAUGAUAUCACCACCUUUUUCACACUGCUGGUUGGCAUCUACUUCCCAUCUGUCACUGGUAUCAUGGCUGGUUCAAACCGGUCAGGUGACUUGCGGGAUGCUCAGAAAUCCAUCCCCGUUGGGACCAUACUGGCUAUUGCUACCACCUCCGUCAUCUACAUUACAUGUGUGGUGCUAUUCGGGGCCUGCAUUGAGGGAGUUCUGCUUCGAGACAAAUUUGGAGACUCUGUGAAAGGGAACCUUGUUAUAGGCACACUAUCGUGGCCGUCACCGUGGGUUAUUGUGAUUGGCUCAUUCUUUUCCUGCUGUGGGGCAGGGCUGCAGAGUUUGACUGGUGCCCCACGCCUGCUGCAGGCCAUCGCACGAGAUGGCAUUGUACCUUUCUUACAGGUGUUUGGCCAUGGGAAAGCUAAUGGAGAACCUACCUGGGCUCUGCUGCUGACUGCUGGGAUCUGUGAGAUUGGCAUCCUUAUCGCCUCCCUGGAUGCUGUGGCUCCUAUUCUCUCCAUGUUUUUCCUCAUGUGCUACUUGUUUGUCAACCUGGCCUGUGCGGUUCAGACCCUGCUGCGGACCCCUAACUGGAGACCACGCUUCAAAUACUACCACUGGGCUCUGUCCUUCCUGGGAAUGAGCUUGUGUCUUGCUCUUAUGUUCAUCUCCUCCUGGUACUAUGCUAUUGUGGCCAUAGCCAUCGCUGGCUGCAUCUACAAAUACAUCGAAUACAGAGGGGCAGAGAAGGAGUGGGGAGACGGCAUCCGUGGCCUUUCUCUCAAUGCAGCACGGUACGCCCUCAUUCGCCUGGAGGAGGCUCCACCACACACGAAGAACUGGAGGCCUCAGUUGUUGGUGCUCCUGAACCUGGAUUCAGAUCAAGGAGUCAGACACCCUCGUCUGCUGUCCCUCACCACCCAGCUGAAGGCAGGGAAAGGCCUAACAAUAGUGGGAAAUGUCUUAGAGGGAACCUAUCUCACUAAAGAGGCAGAAGCCAAGAGGGCUGAGCAGAACAUCAAGUCUUCCAUGUCAGCAGAGCGAACAAAGGGUUUCUGCCAUGUUGUGGUGUCUUCAAACCUCAGGGACGGCUUCUCCCACCUCAUCCAGUCUGCAGGGCUAGGAGGCAUGAAGCACAACACAGUCCUAAUGGCCUGGCCCGGGACCUGGAGGCAGUCCAAUGACCCGCAGUCAUGGAGGAAUUUCAUAGAGACUGUGCGGGAGACCACAGCUGCCCAUCAGGCCUUGCUUGUGGCUAAGAAUGUGGACAGUUUCCCUACCAACCAGGACCGCCUGGGGGAAGGCACCAUUGAUGUGUGGUGGGUGGUUCACGAUGGAGGCAUGCUGAUGCUGCUGCCCUUCCUGCUGCGACAGCACAAGGUGUGGAGGAAGUGUAAGAUGCGUAUUUUCACUGUGGCCCAGAUGGAUGACAACAGCAUCCAAAUGAAGAAAGAUCUCCAGAUGUUCCUUUACCACCUGCGACUGGAUGCAGAAGUGGAAGUGGUGGAGAUGCAUGAUAAUGAUAUCUCAGCCUUCACCUAUGAGAAGACACUGGUGAUGGAGCAGAGGUCUCAGAUGCUGAAACAGAUGCAACUUUCCAGGACUGAGAGGGAGAGAGAGAUUCAGAGUAUCACUGACGAAUCACGUAGCUCAAUCCGGAGGAAGAACCAGGGUGCUGCCCCGAGCGUGAACCUCAGCCAACAGUCCUCACCGAUGGAGGACACUCAGGAGGACGAGGCUCAGCUCAUCCAUGACAGAAACACAGCAUCUCACGCCACGAUUAAUGACAAGGCCGACACUGGGCCUGAGCGGGUUCACAUGACUUGGACCAAGGACAAGCUCUUCACAGAGCGUAAUCGCAACCGCGAGUGCAAUGCCAAUGUGGCUGUACGCGACCUGUUUAACAUGAAACCAGAGUGGGAGAGUCUUAACCAGUCAAAUGUUCGUCGGAUGCACACCGCUAUCAAGCUGAACGAGGUGGUGGUCAACAAGUCCCAGGGAGCUCACCUGGUUCUGCUCAACAUGCCUGGACCACCCAGGAACAGAGGAGGAGAUGAAAACUACAUGGAGUUCCUGGAGGUUCUCCUUGAGGGUCUGAACCGGGUCCUGCUGGUGCGAGGCGGUGGCCGUGAAGUCAUCACCAUCUACUCUUAAAAAGAAGUCUCACACCCCACCCUGCACACAUAAGCUGCUUCCAUGGAAACAGCCGGCAUUUUCGUUGAAGAAGCCUAAAUUGUUUUUUAUGAAGGGCGGGGUUUGUUGAAAGGCAGGACCGCUUGUGACAGAUGGUCUGAAGGACCUCAGGAUGAAGGAAACAGCAUUGAAUCAGUUGACUGACAGAGUACAAGCACAAUGUGUGUCCAUGCUGGUCCACAGUACCCCUGCACAUGGAAGAUAGGGACACUUUAUUUUGUUCAUUUAACACUGAAGACAUUGUUUUGUUGUGUUCUGUUACAUUUUUAUUUUCGUUCCCUCACGUGUAGAUGUUGUCAAGUUACUGGCACUCAGUGUCUAAGAUAAGUAGAACGGAGUAUUAGGGCCAUUGUAGUUAUAACAAAAGAAAGAUUACGUUGCCGGGGGAGGGGGGUAAUAUUCCGAGAAUUUCAUAAAUUAAAUUUAUGAUAAAAAAUCAUGGAUAUUUUACAAGAAAAAAAACUCACCAACCAGUAUUAUGAGAUACUUCCUUCUGACCAAAGCUGGAGGACACAAGCAUAACAAACUGCAGAAGAUGUCACUGAUCAAGUGGCUUUGUUGCAGUCCCUCGUAUCUACCUAACUGUCUGAAAGCUCCACUUCUUCUCCUAUUGUCUUUGUCUUGUAUUUUUAAUGAAUGAAUAACAACACCAUUUUAAGUAUUUUUCUCACAAAUUUACCAUUUUUUUCUGAAUAUUACCUCCUCUCAUGGCUCCAUAAUUAUUAUUAUUCAUUCAUCUACAAUGGCCCUAAAACACUGAAUGUGUGCUGUUGAUAUGAGCCACGUAGUCUUUCAUGUUGUCUCAAUUCUGGGAGAUGCCGAGACGUUUGCUGGACCUGAGAAAAACAUGCACAGAGAUGACAAGUUACAGAAUGGCUUUGAACUCAGGGGCGAAUUCACAAAGAAAGGAAAGAAUGGCUGCUGAUAGCACCAUGAAAGGUGUGUCUCUUGCAAACGCUAUCUGCCCUGUCUAAACGUGCAAUUCACAAAAGAUAUUGUGGUAAUGACAAUUCGGCUGAAAUACACCCAUAAAGUUAUGCAACUGAGAGCAAUUUUCCCUUGUUUUGCAUCCCAGUAAUAUAUGUUCUUAAAGGGGAAGUAAGUGAUUCUGCAGAAGGACUGUUGAUAUUCGAGCUCAACUGCCAAACAAAUCCUCCCUCCUUUAGUGCUCCCUCAGAAGCUACGCUCCCCAAUUUCAAAUCAUGACGGUUUCAACACUGUUAAAACACCUAGGCCCUUGCCUGGUCAUAUAACAUUCUUCUGUUUAUACUCUUCAGACCUUUUCCUCUUUGGCUGUUUCUCAACCAUCUCUCCUUCUUCACAGUGCCUGGAGUCCAGCACGUUCCAAUGUGCGAUGUAAAGAACUCUCUCUCUCAGUGCCCUCCCCCCAUCACUCCUGUACAUGAGCACUAACUGUUGCUGAUUGGCUGGAAUAAUGUUGUGGGGAACAUCCACACCAUGUUUUUUGUCUUCCAUUUACAGAGCCAGGGCUGUGUAGGACAACCACAUGUUUUUUCAGAGCAUACAUAAAACUGAGAGCUAGCAAGUCAUAAGGAAAUAUUCGCUCAAUUUAACAAAAAGUGUACUGGAUUACAAUCACUUACUGUCCCUUUAAGGUGUUCUGAAUGCCUGUAGCAUAUCACACGGCAUGAUUAAGCAUUUGAGUAAGAUAUUUUUACAAAUGUAGCUGUAAGAUAAAAACUUUAAACUCUUAAAAUGUUUGAUUUGAAAGAGAAUGUAUUCUAAUUAGAAUUAUAACUAUUCUGAUUAUCCAUUAACUCCCUCUGCUCUUUCAUUUAUUUUUAUCUGCAGGAUAUCUCUAGUUUUUCUGACUCACUCUAGAUUGGGUGUUUUGUCAGAGUUGUUUGGGAUGUUUUAACUGCACUCCCCCUCCUGCAUCUGUUUUCUCUACUCUGCUCUGUGCUGGUCUGUUACAGUGUGUAAUCAUCGUUUCAUUUCCUUGUGGUAGAUAUUAGGUAUUGGACUUUUUUUUCAGUGAGGCUAAUUUGCAUAAAAGGGGCAAAUUUCGGGCCAAAUGUAGGAAUAUUACUUUAUUGAAAUAUGUGCACAUAGCACCGGUGCACCAAGAUACUAUAUGACUGGCAGCACAGUUAGGGUGAAUUUCACCCUUUGCAGGUGCUUUUAGAAUUUUCUUUUUGUCUUAUUUGUUCAGGGUUAGUGACCAUGUAAUCCUUUUGCAGGUUAGGGUUAGAAUUCGCCCCUCAGUGUAGGAAGCUUACUCAUAACAACACAUACUGAAUUUUCAAUACAAAUACAGUUUGGUGAUCUGUACUAAUGUUUUCAUUUACAAAAAGUGGUUUCAGUCUGAACUAAAGUAGGGGCAAAACUGUGAUCAAUGCUGAAAAGGUCUGACAUCGAGCAGCAUUUGUAGUUGUAGUGUUCUGUGGUUGUUCACCUUGUCAUUUAUGGUGAAGGACCGGCUGGGAGGACACUGAAUGUGCACCAGAUUUUAUCUCACCAUCUGUUAGGUGGGUGGAAGCAUUUCAGAUAUCAUUUACUGAUACUUGACCAUUGGUCAACAUGUCCCACACUUAAAGAGCUUUAUUGUUUUAAUAGGGAAAGCCAUAGUUAAUGUUUUAGUAAGCUUUGUAAUUGUAAGCUUUGUAGGAUGACAUAUUAAAUAUGUAUACAUAUUUAUGGUGUCUGAAGUAGUUCUCAGUUUGGAACAACUAAAUUGUUUUGAUCCACGGGCUGUUUGACAGCAUGUAGUAGGUUAAUGAAAUAGUAGACUGGCUAAUCUGCUCACACAUUAAAUAUUUAAUUUGCCAUUUAACAAAGUAUACUUUUUAAAAUGUAAAAGCACAAUGUGACGCGUGUGAAUUAUAUAUAUGUAUAAUUUUCCCAUAUCGACGUAGUUACAGUGCUGUUGACUUUGCACUACCUUUUUUUCAGCACUUAAUUCAUUUUGCACUAUCGCCUACAGUGACACUUUCUACUGGUCAAUACCCCACUAUAUUCUGAGAUAAAUGACCUCCCGAGGUCAUGGAAAAGGAUGCAGACAGCAAGUAAUUCCAUACUAUGUAAUACUUCAAUGUUGUUUUUAUAAUAUUUUACCAAACAUAAAUAUUUAGGAUUUGAGUCCCAGACUGAGUAGAUGAGUUGUUAUGAGCAUGUGUAGGAGAAAAAAAGUGCCAAAAUGACUACAAAAGCAGCUGUGGACGUAUUAUAAAUGGAUGUCAGAGCAUGUUCAUAUAAUAGCUACUGCUUUUUACAAUGACAAGCUCUAAUCUUUGGAAAUCCUUUAUUUAUAAUUGUGGUACUCGUACCUGCCCAUUUCUUUUCAAAUUCUGUAUUUGAACAACUGAGCAAAUACAACUAAUUGUUCAAUUUCCAGCCCAUCUAACAUGGGCUAACUGCUGCAAAAAGAAAGACUUUUUGUCAGAGGAGAAAAGCAAAGUACCUCCGCAGUUUCUUUUCCAAAUUAGCUGUCCAGUAUUAUGUAAAGCAGAAAGUGGUAUUUUCCUGCAGUUCUUUGCAGGGGAAUGUGCAGUUAUGCAAUAUUCAUGUUUUCUUGUGUUUUCUUGUGUUUUGUUCAGUUGUUGAUGUAUACCUAUGUAACUAUAUAGUUAUGGUCUCUGUAGUGUUUGUUGCAUUAUAAUUGAUCUUCUGUUACUUUAAGUGUUAAUUUUCAGUGUGAUUUUUAAGGAAGGAAACAGAGACGUUGUGUUUGUGAAGAUGGCAGCAGUCAGGUUUUUGUGUUUUGUUCAAACCCACCAGAAACACAAUAAGCACAACACACAGGACUAAAAACCCUCAGGAUACAGUGGCACCCUGGACUGAAAGUAUUAAGAAACUUGAGACAAAUUCAAACUGUUCCGGUUUCCUUGUUCAGUUUUAUGUUUUAGCCACCAAAAGUGAAACCUAUGAAAUGGAAUCCAUCUAUUCAAAUAUUUCUUUUACUCCGUUUUCCCGUGAUAAUGGAAAAAUUUUCUCAUGAUCUCGAGAUAACAAACCAUAGCUGAAUACAGGGGUCGGCCGGUGCAUUUCUAUAGGAUAAUUUCAAACUACUUCCCAAGUUAGUUCAGUUGGUUGUGUGCAAGACUCAUAAUCCAAGGAUUGUGGGUUCAACUCUCACUUUCAACAACUUUUUUUUCUUCUUUUGUGUUUUUUAGUAUCCACUUCAACAAAGUUGUUAUGAAGAAAUAUUUCAAAGGUUCCAAAAUAGCUGUCAGGAAAUGUGUAACAUUAAAUGGAUUUCCCUGAAUGAGAAGCACAGGAAUUUCCUCUGUCUGGGAAUGAUGGUGAAAUGAAAAGUCCAUGGGUUGAUGGAUGUGGACCAAUCACCGCGAUGCACAAAGUGAGCAUGUGAAACAGUCUCUCCAUAAGAAAUUUGUUGAAGAGAUUAUGAAAAAAAUAAAAUAAAAAAAGUUCAUGUUCAGUGAGGAUCAAACCCACAAAUCCAAGAUUCCUGUGCUCUACCAAAUGAGAUAACCAGUGACACUGAUAUUCUUACUGAAAUUACCAUUAAACCACUGUGUUAAACUACUGUUUCGUUAUCUCGAGAUCACAAGAAAAUUAUCCCGUUAUCACGGGAAAACAACAUUUGUUAUCGAGAUCACGAGAUAAUUAUCCUGUUAUCACAGGAAAAUAGAUAAAAUAAAUAUUUGAAUGGAUGGCCACUUAGGGCGUAGAAACCUAAUUCUGUAUAAACAAACGUAAAUUGUCCAGUUUUAAGAAGUUUAAAAACAGUGAAAGUAAUAUGAUUAUGAAGAAGUGUAUUUGUUACUGAGCUGAAUAGCUGUAUCUGUGCAUACAUAAAUACCACGAAUCUUUAAGCAGAUGAUGCUAAAUAGAAAGAAAAAAGUUACUGGAGGUAAACAGGAUUGUCAGCAGUGUGUGUUUUACAGCUCUUAUGUUUGAGGUGACUGGAGAAUGUUAUCUACCUCAAAGUGUCACUGAGGCACGGCUGAAGAAAUAACUUGCUCAAUCACAUCUCUCUUUCAGAAGUGAUGUUACAUGAAAGGAAAAAAGCCUCUGCUAUGUGAGAGGACCAGCAGAAUUGUAUGUGAGUGUGUAUUUUCCUGUGCAUAUUGUUGUAGGGUGAAGCUGUUUGCCAGUCAGCUGGCAGGCUGGAACAGGAAGUCACUUGUGGGUGCACAUAUAGAGGGUAGGUACCCCUGUAAAUUAUAUUUGUGCCUCUCUGAGUGAUUAUUAAAAGUUCUGAAAUAAACCAAAA